ACACACGACGUCUAGCAUAAACGUGUUUUAGCAGUGUCUUUGUUGCGUUGAGAAAGAGGUAAAAUGUGUAAAGUUCAGAUGCUGAGAGCGUUGGUGGAGCAGCGACUAACUGCGGCUGCUGAAGAGAUAUUUGGGCUGUUUGAAAGAACGAUAGCAGAGUACGAGGAGGAACUUUGUCGUUCAAAAGCGGAGAACGAGCGAAAACGGGAACAGCUGGACGCUGUUUUCAAGCCUCAGCUUCGAUUACACAGAGCAGAUGUUGAGCAGCGGUUGGUGGUUAAAGAAGAGGUCCCCCCUGAGCAGCAGGAGUGUAGGUCCAGUGUGGACCAGCGGGAGCCAGAGCCCCCCAUACACAUUAAAGAGGAACAGGAGGAACUGUGGAGCUGUCAGGAGGGAGAGCAGCUUCAAGGGCUGAAGGAGGCUGAUAUCACCACGUUCCCAUUCACUCCUGUCCCUGUGAAGAGUGAAGAUGAUGAAGAGGAAGCUCCGUCCUUACAGCUUCAUCAAAGACAAACUCAACACAUGGAAACAGAAGCUGAUGGAGAGGACUGUGGAGGACCAGAACCAGGCAGGAACUCGGCUAAUUGGAAGGAGACCAGAGAACCUCAGUCAACUUUAAACUCUCUGAAACAUAAUUCAAGACGUAACAAAACAUUCAGCUGCUCGGAAUGUGGGAAAAGAUUUGGCUUCAAGUCACAUCUGAAGAAACACAUGAGAUUCCACAGAGGAAAGAGGCCUUUUAGCUGCUCUGAGUGUGGUAGAGCUUUCAAUGAACGUGGAACUCUGAAGAAACACACGAUUACUCAUUCUGGAGAAAAACCUUUCAGCUGCUCAGUCUGUAAGAAAUAUUUUACACAGAGUGGACAUUUACAAACACACAUGAGAAUCCACACAGGAGAGAAGCCUUUUAGCUGCUCUGAGUGUGGUAGAGCUUUCUCUGAUAGCGGAAACCUGAAGAAACACAUGAUGACUCACACAGGACAAAAACCUUUCAGCUGCAGUGUUUGUAAUAACUCUUUUACACAGAGUGGAAGUUUACAGAAACACAUGAGAAUCCACACAGGAGAGAAACCUUUUAGCUGCUGUGAGUGUGGUAGAGCUUUCAUUGACCGUGGAACUCUGAAGAAACACAUGAUGACUCAUUCUGGAGAAAAACCUUUCAGAUGCUCAGUAUGUAAGAAAUAUUUUACACAGAGUGGAAGUUUACAGAAACACAUGAGAAUCCACACAGGAGAGAAGCCUUUUAGCUGCUCUGAGUGUGGUAGAGCUUUCACUGAACGUGGUCACCUGAAGAACCACAUGAUGACUCAUUCUGGAGAAAACCAUUACAGCUGCUCAGUCUGUAAGAAACAUUUUACACAGAGGGGAAAGUUAAGGGCACACAUGGCCAUUGUGCACAAAGUAGAGAAAAAAUUCAUUUGCAAUGUUUGUAAGAAAAGAUUUGCACGCCAUUCUGAUAUCAAAAGACAUAGAUGUGUUGGUUCGAUGGAAACAGAAGCUGAUGGAGAGGACUGUGGAGGACCAGAACCAGCCAGGAACUCACAUCCACUUUUACAGCCAGGGACUGAAGACCAGACUGGAGACUCUUCGGAUCCUGUGACUGGUGAGAUGGUUUAAUGUUUGUGCCAUUUAAGUCCAAGCAUAACUUCUCAAGUAUCAAACAAAAAUCUUUAUAUAUUAACACCUUGAUAGAAGACAGUAUAUUGUGUGGUAAGAAAAAUUACACUCUUAUUUAAGAUAUUUUAUUAGAUAUUGUUCUGUCUUGUAAUCCUAUAAUCAAGAAAUCAGACAAAUUUAACCACCCCAUAGUUUAUUGGGCCCAAACAUAUAUUCAUGUCUUAAGUAACGAAUGUUUA